AUGGGUCAGUCGAACCUACAACUUCAUCACACUGAAUCCCAGCCAUCGAUACUGAUCCUCGUUCCAUCUACACCCCGCAGACUACCAAGUGGGUCAUCGAGACUACGAGCUCCUUUCAAGGUUUCUCACCUCGUCUUCUCGUGCUGACCACUCCAUCCCCUCCAUCGUCCCCAACAGAACCGAGUCGGAUCCAAGUUUGGAGGUGGUGGUGUAGCAGGCGCGUCUGAAGCUGCCGUCGACCGCAGGGAACGAUUGCGGAAGUUGGCCUUGGAGACCAUCGACCUCGCAAAGGUAUAUGCGACAUGCUCUGUCUGCAUAUCGAGCUGGAGCUGACUCAUCUCUUUGUCUACCACAUGCGAACACGAUCACGCGUGUGCUCCCUGCGCCGUCGAUCCUCUACCGACGCUCUCACCCCAUCAGGACCCCUACAUCCUUCGCAACCACUUGGGAGGCCUCGAAUGUCGACUCUGCCUCACACUCCACACCAACGAAGGUUCCUACCUCGCCCACACCCAAGGAAAGAAGCAUCAGACCAACCUCGCGCGACGAGCGGCGAGGGAAGCGCAACAUGACCGAUCGGACGGGUACGCACAGCAGUUGGCGCAGCAGCAGGCCGCCAAGAACCAGGUGCAGCACAAAACGUUCAUCAAAAUCGGGAGUCCAGGAUACCAGGUUCGUUCACUCCGCGUCUAUUGCGAACAGCGCAUACAGAGGGCUAACCGUGUUCUUGCCGAACCCACACCACAGGUGACCAAAGUCCGCGAUCCGAUAACAGGGCAGCUCGGGCUCCUGUUCCAAGUACACUACCCUCAAAUCGCCGAGAACGUCAAGCCCUUCCAUCGUUUCAUGUCCGCGUUCGAACAACACGUCGAACAACCCGAUCGGCAAUUCCAGUACCUGCUCAUCGCCGCCGAACCGUACCAGACGAUCGCGUUCAAGAUCCAGUCCAAGGAGAUAGAUUUGACCGAAGGUAUGAGCUGGGAGCAUUGGGAUCCAGAUUCAAAGACGUUGUCGUUCCAGUUCUUGUUCAGUGCGCAGUCGGCAUAG